GUUAAAUCGUGACUCCGCUUGUUGUAUUUGUAAGUCUAUCCAAUAUUACACUCAACUCAUCGGCGCGUGAGUCAAAACAUUCAGAGACGGUACAUAUCCAGAGCCACUGAUUCUGCAAUCACCCAUCUAUCCUAAAGUGCGCAGGAAGCAUCUUGACGCGGACAGUCAAGCCACAAAGAUGGCUGCGUUGAACCUACCCAAAUGGCUGGAAGAUAACUCCCACCUCCUCAAACCUCCGAUCAACAACUAUUGUGUCUACCCUUCAUCGCCUGCAACCAGCGGACUGACAGUGAUGGUCGUCGGCGGUCCCAACGCUCGAACAGACUACCACAUCAACACUACCCCCGAAUUUUUCUAUCAACACAAGGGGUCCAUGCUGCUAAAGACAAUGGACACAUCGACGACACCUCACACCCCCGUUGACAUACCCAUCCACGAGCAUUCGCUAUACCUCCUGCCCGCCAACACGCCCCACAACCCAGUGCGAUUCGCCGAUACCGUUGGUGUUGUGCUCGAACAGCCACGGCCUUCAGACUCUGUUGACACGCUGCGCUGGUACUGCAAGAAAUGUAACAACAUUGUACAUGAGGCGAGUUUCCAUCUCACGGACCUGGGCACUCAAAUCAAAGAAGGUGUCCUCGCUUUCGAGAACGACAUGGCCGCCCGGACAUGUAAGAACUGCGGGACGGUCGCAACGUCGAAACCCGCAGAGGGUGAAAUACAACAGCCGCCGAGAUAUCCUGAGUAAUCUCAUUUCAUCCUCCAUGGGCCGACAGGAUACUGUUGGUGACCAGCUCACUCUCGC